CUGAUUAGGAACAUUGACCAUUGUACAUGGGAAGGGUCUUUCUUCAAGAUGGAUGUGAAGCCACAAAAAGGAAAGUAACAAAGUAUCAUUGGUGCCCAGCCUAUGUAACCUGUCCAAGCAAAUGCAAAUCUAAAGACCCCAGUAGCUACCUCUCCUUUGAAGAGAAGCAGGAAUUCUUACUCUGUUCUUCACUUGAUCUAGAAAAGGAUUCCAAGACACGAGCAAACAAACAGAUCAUCAAUAUUUAACUAAAUUCAGGAGAUUAAGGGUUCCAUAUUAAUUUUUUGUAAUGGUGAUGCUAAUAUGGGUUCACUGGUUAAAGAUGUUGUUAGUGGAAUUCUUCCCGAGAAGUUGCAAUGAACAGGAAAGUAAAAAAGGUCCCUGAACAGGGACUUUACAGCAAGAGGACCUUCAGUACAAGCCAUCCUGUUGGCCAUAUGCUUUGCUAGAGCUAGGGAGGGAUGCAUACUCCCAAUUCAUUGGGUGCACUCUACCAUUGCUUAUUCCUAUGUGUAUUGUCCAUAGGGCACCAACCAGUUGCAGCAGCACCCUUUGCUUCAGCAUUGCAACUGUAAUUCCAAGCUGCUGUGAAGGGGAGGAUGCUGGAGAGAGAAUUUACCCUGCAGCAGUGGCUCCUGUCCCACAAAGCUGAGCCUGGCUCCCUACUCCAUGUAUUGUGACCUGGCAUAUAGGAUCACAGUGCCACUCAGUUGUUCAUUGCUGCCUGUUUGAAUAUGUAAAGUCAGAGGAGGCUGUAAAGGAUUGUUACAGAACCCAGGAGGAAAAGGAAACCAAUGAUGCGUUAAAAGUCAGCCUCAGGUACCCUGCUCCAGAGGAGAUAAGAGUUCCUUGGGAAUUUUAAGAACAUUUGUUUAAAAAAAAGAGAAGAAGUGAAGAAAAAGAACAGUCAGAAGAUUUGAACUCUGGAGCACAGGAUUGAGGAUACCUCUGUAGAACAUCAACACUUAAAAAGAUGUGGUGACUAGAAGAACCUCUAUUGUUGCCCAUAGUGCAUAUAGUGCCUUAUAAAGAUGGGGUUUGGAAGUGACCUGAAGUAUUCUCAUGAUGCUUUGAUAAAAUUGCAAGAUUGGGAGUUACGACUACUAGAAACUGUGAAGAAAUUUAUGGCCAUGCGAGUAAAAAGUGACAAAGAAUAUGCAUCCACUUUACAAAAUCUUUGUAAUCAAGUUGAUAAAGAGAGUACUUCCCAACUGGAUUAUAUUAGCAAUGUAUCCAAGUCUUGGCUGCUUAUGGUACAGCAGACAGAGCAACUUAGCAGGAUAAUGAAGACACAUGCAGAAGAUCUUAACUCUGGGCCACUACAUAGACUUACAAUGAUGAUCAAAGACAAGCAACAAGUAAAGAAGAGUUACAUAGGUGUUCAUCAGCAAAUUGAGGCAGAGAUGUUCAAGGUCACAAAGACAGAACUGGAGAAAUUAAAAUCUAGUUACAGACAAUUAAUAAAAGAAGUUAACUCUGCCAAAGAGAAGUAUAAAGAAGCUGUGGCUAAAGGAAAAGACACUGAAAAAGCCAAAGAUCGUUACGAUAAAGCCACUAUGAAACUUCACAUGCUGCAUAAUCAGUAUGUGUUGGCACUGAAGGGAGCACAGUUACAUCAGCACCAGUACUAUGACACUACGCUUCCUCUGUUACUUGAUUCGUUACAGAAGAUGCAAGAAGAAAUGGUUAAAGCACUAAAAGGAAUCCUUGAUGAAUACAGUCAGAUCACCAGUCUUGUAACAGAAGAGAUAGUGAAUGUCCAUAAAGAGAUCCAGACUUCUGUUGAACAGAUAGACCCUAACUCAGAGUACAAUAGCUUCAUAGAAGCUCACAGGUCACCAGAGAAUGUAGAACAAGAAAUAGUGUUUGAUACAUCUUUACUGGAAGAAAAUGAAAAUCUUCAAGCUAACGAGAUCAUGUGGAAUAACUUAACAGCAGAAAGCUUGCAAGGAAUGUUGAAAACAAUAGUAGAAGAAUUGAUUCAGACACAGCAGAUGCUUUUGAACAAAGAGGAGCUUUUGUUGGAACUAGAAAAGAAAAUAGAAGAAUCUUCUAAGACCUGUGAAAAAAAAUCAGACAUUGUGUUUUUGCUGAGCCAAAAGCAAGCACUGGAAGAACUCAAGCAAACAGUUCAGCAAUUAAGAUGCACGGAGGCAAAAUUUACAGCCCAGAAAGAACUUCUAGAACAAAAAGUUCAGGAGAAUGAUGGGAAAGAGCCACCUCCAGUAGUAAAUUAUGAAGAAGAUGACAGAUCAGUCACUUCUAUGGAUAAGAAGGAUAAGGUGUCCAGGUUUGAUACUAUUCGUCACUCCAUCGCUGGAAUGAUAAGAUCUCCAAAAUCCAUGCUGGGCUCUUCAUCAUUCUUUGAUGUGAUAUCAACCAGCGAGAAACCUUUGGCUGAGCAAGAUUGGUAUCAUGGUGCAAUUCCACGAAUAGAAGCCCAGGAGCUGUUAAAGCAGCAAGGAGACUUCCUGGUGCGAGAGAGCCACGGGAAACCUGGUGAAUAUGUCCUUUCUGUGUUUUCAGAUGGACAACGGAGACACUUUAUCAUACAAUAUGCUGAUAAUCAGUACCGAUUUGAAGGAACUGGGUUUCCAACUAUUCCUCAGCUUAUAGACCAUCAUUACACAACAAAACAAGUAAUUACUAAGAAAUCAGGUGUAGUUCUGCUGAAUCCUGUUGUUAAGGAUAAGAAAUGGGUUCUCAAUCAUGAAGAUGUCACACUGGGAGAAUUACUAGGCAAAGGUAACUUUGGUGAAGUAUAUAAGGGAACAUUAAAGGAUAAAACCCCUGUUGCUGUAAAAACUUGUAAAGAAGACCUUCCUCAGGAACUGAAAAUAAAAUUUUUAUCAGAGGCCAGAAUACUCAAGCAAUAUGACCAUCCCAAUAUUGUCAAGCUAAUAGGAGUUUGCACUCAAAGGCAGCCUAUUUAUAUAGUUAUGGAACUUAUUCCAGGAGGUGAUUUCCUCUCCUUUUUAAGAAAGAAGAAGGAUGAGCUAAAAACCAAACAGUUAGUGAAAUUUUCAUUAGAUGCUGCUGCUGGUAUGGCGUAUCUCGAGUCUAAAAACUGUAUACACAGGGACCUUGCUGCAAGGAACUGCCUGGUAGGUGAAAAUAAUGUUCUGAAAAUCAGUGACUUUGGAAUGUCUCGUCAAGAGGAUGAUGGGGUAUAUUCAUCUUCAGGCUUAAAGCAGAUUCCUAUCAAAUGGACUGCUCCAGAGGCACUCAACUAUGGGAGAUACACUUCUGAAAGUGAUGUAUGGAGCUUUGGGAUCCUUCUUUGGGAGACCUUCAGUCUAGGCGUAUGUCCAUACCCUGGAAUGACCAACCAGCAAGCACGGGAACAAGUGGAGAAAGGAUAUCGAAUGUCAGCACCUCAGAAAUGCCCAGAGGAAAUAUAUAAAAUAAUGCAGAGAUGCUGGGACUACAAACCAGAAAACCGACCAAAAUUCAGCGAAAUUCAGAAAGAACUAUCUUCAAUCAAAAAGAAAGUGACAUAGUGAUAAAAUAGUGCCAAACUCAACCUACAGAACUCUGUUUUUCAACAAAGUAAUAUUUUCCCCUCAAACACUGUGCAUUUAUACCACAUUAUCUGCAAUAUUCUUCUAGGGUUACUUUUUAAAAUUAACUCAUUUUUAUAUAUAUGUGUGCGUGUGCGCACCAUCUUGGAAAAUGUCUAAGCAUAUGUUAAAAAGGGAGACGAUUCUGCCAAAUGUUAUAUAUCUAGUCACAUUAACACUGUCAUUUAGGAUACAUGUAAAUAGAACAUCAGAUACUGUAGAUUUAAAGGACUAUGACUCCUAUCUAUUUUACAGUGAUAAACUGCUAGUGACAUUUCCUAAAGGUUUUCUACUUUAUGCUGUAUUCUUAAUUUGCUAUCUCAGUUGCAGAUAUCAACACCAGUGGCAUUAAAACAUGGUUGCUGUGCCAUGUUUCUGAAGACUUUAAAUCUGAGGACCACAAUUUUUGAAUAGUAUUUCAAUCAGGAACUUUAUAUUUUUUAAACCAUUUCUGCAACUGAUAUUUUAAAUGAUAUAUUGCUUUAAGAGAGAACAUCAGUUAAGAUUCUGGAUGUGCAUGUAUUCUUUUUAAACAAAGAAAUCCAUAAUUUUUUUGUAGAAUAAUAUUCACAUCAUUUACAAAUGCAUCCUUAGAUUUCUUACAGUUGCUCCCAUCAUAGUAAAUAUGUUCAACUUUGGACAUUACUUGCUACUUUUUUUCCUGUGAAAAAUUAAGUAGUUUAUCAGGAAUCUUUAUGCACAAAUCUCCUUUGAUAGGCUAGGUUUUUUCUAAAAGGCCAACAUCCAGUCUUGGGUGAUACAUGUUUGUCAGGAAAUACUCCAAAUCAUCUGCCUUUCAAAGUACAAGCAGAAGAAGAAAACCGUUGGUUUUGAAUGUACAUAUGUAGAAAAGAGGUCAGCAGGAAGCAAGUUUGAGAACGAGAGUGGAAAGUAACUGGUAGCAUUGAUUUUAGAUGAGUAAAAGAAUGCAAACUACCAAAUUGGCUUUUGGAGGUUCUCUGAUAGUUUGAUUUUUUUUUCCAAUUUUCAAAUAAUUGAUAUUCCUUUUCUGCAUGCAGUUGGAGUCAGCAAAAGGACAUGUUUUAAAAGAAUACUUUCCAUGCAUAUUGUCCAAAGAAAAAGGCUACAUCUCACUUGCAGAAAGAAAUGCUACCUGUUUUAAACCUCUGGAAGGCUGAACAAGGCAUAGAGUAGAAAUAUUAAUCUAUAGAAAUGUCUUUAGUUGUGUUCAGAUUUGCAUAUUCACACUGUCAAGGAGGAAAAGACUGGUAUAAAAAUAGUAUUCUUAUAAGAAGAAUAAAAGCUAAUCAGUUGGGGGGAGGGAGGGAGCACAAAUUAUUUCUGGCUUGGACCUACCUGAUAAGGGUUCCCAACUGCCAUAGAGACCUGUGACUUUAGCAACAAAGUUAUGAUCUGAGAUCCAAAGUUUGGGAGACCUCUCUCUAAUAAUUAUCAAACUGUUAUCAGCUCAAGGUGUGUUAACAAGGAAUUAACUGCCAGACCAAGUGACUAAAACAGAGGAAUAAAAGAAAAAACAGCAUUUGGGACUUUUAGUGGCCCUAUUUCUUUUCGUGGGGCUGUAUAAUAUUUUAUUUCUAUUGUGGUGACUCUUCUAUUGUGCAGAGCAUAAUUUCUGCUCUUUAAAGUACAUUUAUGGUAGUAUUGAAGGAGAUAGAUGAGUGACUGAAGUAUUUGUAGGCUAUGAGUUUUUCGACCAGUAUCUGUUACAUUAAAUUUAGUGUCCAAAUGAACAGUGAAGCACCAUACUGGAGAACACUUUUUUCAGUGUAGGUGGAAUUGUUAGCAGUUUAGGUUUGUUCUGGGGGCAAAGGAAACAAAACACACUGGGGAAAAGGAGUAGAAACUGAAAAUAAAGGAAAAAUUAGUGUAAUCCCUUUAUCAUCAUCAUUUCUUUAUGUAAUUACUAUGUAUAUUUAAUCAUCACUGUGCUCACACUUGGUCCAAAGAUCUUUGUCUCAAUACCACUAAGAAACAUUGUUUAGUCAGUUAGCAUUGAUACUAAAUGUUACACAAACAGCGUGCCUUAAUGAGCUGGCAUGCUUGUGUGAAUAAAAGUGCAUGAAAAUGCCAGAAAUGUGCAACGAUAACUCUGGUAAGAAUCCAGAUAAAUCACCCAACUAUAGGUCCCCAUCUAUGGACUCGCUAAUGUCUAAAAGGAAGGACAAGAAUGUAUUCGCUUUUAGAUUAACACACUUUUUUUUUAAAUGAAUGAAAGACACUAUACUAUUUCAAAGGACUGUAUAUAUCCUACCUUUCAACAAGAAAACAGAACAGUUCUUUUUGUCUAAAUUUGGUAAACAGGACACACAAUUCUGAUUCUUAUGUACAGAGGUAAAAGGACAACAACUGUUUUCAUUUUUCACUUAUCUUAGCAGUUAACAUUUUGCAAUUCACAUCAUGCUUCUGUUUACAUUGAAAAGGCUUUUCAAAACAUGGAACACCUGCAGCAUCUAGAGUAUGUUGUGUUCUUUGUCCGAAAGCAGACAGGAAUUCAAUUCAUGAUUAAUAAUCCUUUGGGAGACUGUCAGGAUGAGUUCAUUGGUAUAGAAUAAAUUUAAUAUAGGCAUGUGCGUUUUUCACAAAAACUUUUUCAAACUGUUUUGUCAGCAUUAAUUCAGUUGCAUUUGUGGCAUAAUUUAUUUGUCCCAUCUGUCACAUGUAAAUUAUUGGAAUUGUGUACUUUAGGAGGUUAUGUCAGUAUCAGAUACAUGUCUAUAACUACUUUUCUUAACUUUGCCAGUUUAUGGCAGGGGAGACUACAAAAAUGUACAAAGAAAAGCCCUUCAAUUUAAUCAAUGGAAAACCAGGUAUAGCAUUCAAGAACCAAAUUGGCAGCUAUCUGCCUUCUCUGUAGUCUUGAUGUCUUUUUAAUGAACAUAGGGUUAAAAUCUUAGCAUUGUUAAUUAAUUAAUCGGAGAUUGGAUAGUUAAUUUUUUUACAGUGUUUUGUACAUUUUGUUUAAGAUACAGCAAAAUGAAGAGUAUACGCUUUUGGAAAUUCAGUGUAUUUAAUAGGCUUUGACAUCUGCACUUCCCCAUUUUAUGGGGUUCUAACAGGCUUUGGAAAUGUUCAGAUGGUUAUACAUCCAGGAAAUACUCCUGUCUUUUAAAAUUCAUAUAACACUUAAUAGUACCCUAAAAAUUAAAACCUCUACGUAUAUUAUAGGAGAUGGAGUGUGAUUUCUCCAGUUAUUGCCAAUUAUUUUCCUCCUUUUCAAGGCAUUAUAAAAGAAUGAAAAGUGCUACUGUCAUAUUUCAUUUAUAAAUUUAAGAGAUUAUUUUAAAGCUAAUAAUGAGUGUACAGUUUCAGUUGUUUACAAUCAAAACUGAGCAUUUAAAACUAGCCUGUGUUUUGUUUUGAAAUCAUCAUCCUGGUUAUUAAGAUUCCCAAAUGUCUGGAGUUCAUGGUUUUAUAGAAAGUGCAAUAUUGAGAAACAGCAUGUUUGAAAACAAGACGGAGACCUGUGCCCUCAGCAGAUGUGUAAUCUUUUUCUACAGUCUGCAUUUCACAAAAUUGUUUUAGAUUUUUAAUCUAAAAUGAAAAAGUAAACAACAGUGUUUAGCAACUGCAAUCAUUUUGCAUUUUUGUUUCAGAGCUUGAUGUGCAUUUUGUAACUAACUAUGUCAUAAAAUCAGCCUCUAUUUUGGAGUGUGGCUUUCAAUGGCUUAACACCACUUUAUAUGCUGUCUGUGUCAGGAAGUACAGUAUCAGAACAGUGCCGUUUACAAAAUAAACCUCAACCUUUCUUGGGCAGAAAGCAGUUGUAAGGAAACAGGUUAUUGUACCUCAUUGUUUCCCCUUGGUUUUUCACCCACCCAUGUUUGUUUAUGAGUAACUUUGUGCUUAUUCAAAUGCUGCAGAUACACAUCAGUGUAAAGUCAUAUACAUUAUUUAUGGCAUUUUUACUACUACUGUAAUACUAUUAAUCAAAAAUAGUAGCAAGCAGGUGCUUUCCCCCCCCCCCCUCAAAGUUAGAGAGCCUCAGCCACGACAUUUCUAGCUGAGUCUAAAGUUUGGAGUUGUUCAGAUCUAAAGUUUAGGCCUGUGCUUUCUCUUUUUCCUCAUUCACGUGAAUUACUGGUGCCAAUAGCAUCUUGUCUAUAUUGGCCUUUUUUCUGCGAUGUUUCCCACCAGUGGUAGCAAUGGUGGGACUGCUAAUGUAGGCUGGCUGCCAGCAUUCGUAUCAUCAUAACUUCUGGACAGCUCUGGACAGGGUCGGCAACACUGAAGUCUACUCAUUGAUAGAGCAGUACCUUGGAAAUAUUUCAGGAGAAAGGCAUGUGUAAAUAAGAUAUGUAAAUUAGCCCUGUGGUUUUAAGAGGUCUUAAUCUGACAUUAUAGCUGGUGAUUGUUAGGAUGGCUAGAUGUCACAGACAGUAAUGGCACAUAAUGUAAAGGAGCAAGAAGAGAGAGAGAUGGAGUGAAGAGGAAGAAGUCUCUUUCCAAAAGAAUAACCUUAUUCAUUAGCACUGGAGAAUGCAUUUGUUUGUUACCGUGUCAUUACCCAUUUAGGUAAGCAUGAAAGUUUGCCAUUGAAAUAAAGAGGUCACCUUUUCCAAUUACUUGCCUAAAGUACAUGAGUUGUUUUAUUAGACUUGGUUAACAUCAUUUUAUGAUUAGCAGUAACUCCUAAACCACUAUGGUGGGGUACAGAGAAUUCAUGCUGUAGUGACAAUCCUUGGAAACAUUCUGACUGACUUAGCCAUAAUUGCUCUGGGGGCAUACAGGGCAGAUUGUGUCCACUCCAUUCCCACACCAACUGGCAGGGCACCUUCCCUCUUCAUAUUCAGCCAGUCCUUACACUCCCUACUGCAGGAGGGGAAGACACUUACAGGAGUGCCCUGUUGAAAUCCUUGGAAACAGAAUAACGCUGUAGAAAGAAAGUACUAGAGAGGUUUCAAGAAGAAAUAUCCCUUAAAGAAAGGAUGUUCUCACAGAAUGUUUGGAAAAUGAGAUCCUAGGAUAUAUUAUCCUCACAUAAACUGUAGCCCAAGCGGCUGGGAUGGACAGUGUUGUCCUUCAGGCCCAGACCCUGUCAUUUCUUUGUGUCAUGACAGGAAGAUUAGAGAUUUGUCUCCUAUACACAGAUGCUGCUGGUUGCCUAAUAAGGAUAUGAUGACAUAAUUUCUCAUUGUUUUGUUUCCACUUAUAAUUUAAGUUGACAAAAGAUUGAAAAAUAUACAGGUUAAAACAUGUUUGCUGAUAAGCAAACUGGGCAGUUUUACCAAGGAGAGGACAAAUAAUCAUUUCAUUAAGGACUAUUAUUUAUACCGCAGAGGACAUAUCAUAAGGCUUUUGAGCCAAUAGCUAGAAUAUCCCAGUAUAAUGUCUAGUUCUGACAGUGGAGGCACAAACAACUACAAGGAAAGCAGAUUAAACUCUCAAGUGGGAAAAAAAAACAACAGUCUCUCUUCCUGUUAGUUUGCUGAAAUCCUUUUUUUCCUGCCACUCACUUGCCAAUAUCUUUCCUUUCUGAAGCUGUACUGUGUAGGGGUAUAGUGACUGCUAGCUGAACUUUCGCUGUAGCAAUAUAAAAGUAGUGCAGUCCUAAAGCACAUAAUUUGUCAUCUUGGAUAGGAAAGAGAAAGCAGGACAGUACUUCAGGUGAAACCAUACUGCAUGCUCAGACACGAAAACUAAAAGCAGAUUUAAAUGCCAACAUCAAUUCAUUGUGUUUAUCACACAAGCACCAUGUGGAGUAUUUCAUGAUUGGCCUUGCAAUGUGUUAAAAAGCGACUUGUCGCCAAACACCUUAUUUAUUCUCCCGCUAGUACAGCAUUUUCUAGAAAAUAAAGGUGCUGAUUUUUGUCCUUA